GCGGAGUUACGGGAAAGUUGGUCCGAGUUCCCGGAGUUUCCCUCCGUGGUUCCCGGGGCCCGGCCGGCGGGUGCCCUAGAUCCUUCUCUUCCUACCGCCCUUUCUGCCUCCCUGCUCCCUUCUUCUGUCCCCGGCCGCCAUGGAGCAGCCGCCGGCACCCAAGAGUAAACUAAAAAAACUGAGUGAAGACAGUUUGACUAAGCAGCCUGAAGAGGUUUUUGAUGUGUUAGAGAAACUUGGAGAAGGGUCUUAUGGAAGUGUAUUUAAAGCAAUACAUAAGGAAUCUGGUCAAGUUGUGGCUAUUAAACAAGUGCCUGUUGAAUCAGAUCUUCAGGAAAUCAUCAAAGAAAUUUCCAUAAUGCAGCAGUGUGACAGCCCAUAUGUUGUAAAGUACUAUGGCAGUUACUUUAAGAAUACAGACCUCUGGAUUGUUAUGGAGUACUGUGGAGCCGGUUCUGUCUCAGACAUAAUUAGAUUACGAAACAAGACAUUAACAGAAGAUGAAAUUGCAACCAUUCUUAAGUCUACAUUGAAAGGACUAGAAUAUUUGCACUUUAUGAGGAAAAUACACCGCGAUAUAAAAGCUGGGAAUAUUCUCCUUAAUACAGAAGGACAUGCAAAAUUAGCAGAUUUUGGAGUGGCUGGUCAGUUAACAGAUACAAUGGCAAAACGCAAUACAGUGAUAGGAACUCCAUUUUGGAUGGCUCCUGAAGUGAUACAAGAAAUAGGCUAUAACUGCGUGGCAGAUAUCUGGUCUCUUGGCAUCACUUCAAUAGAAAUGGCUGAAGGAAAACCUCCUUAUGCUGAUAUACAUCCAAUGAGGGCUAUAUUUAUGAUUCCCACAAAUCCACCACCAACAUUCAGGAAGCCAGAACUGUGGUCUGAUGAGUUCACUGAUUUUGUUAAGAAGUGCCUGGUGAAGAAUCCUGAGCAGAGAGCUACUGCAACACAACUGUUACAGCAUCAUUUUAUCAAGAAUGCAAAACCUGUGUCAAUUUUAAGGGAUCUGAUCACUGAAGCUAUGGAAAUCAAAGCUAAACGACAUGAAGAACAGCAACGAGAACUGGAAGAGGAGGAAGAAAAUUCGGACGAAGAUGAGCUGGAUUCCCACACGAUGGUGAAGACGAAUUCAGAGGGUGUGGGAACAAUGCGGGCCACGAGCACGAUGAGUGAGGGAGCCCAGACCAUGAUUGAGCACAACAGCACAAUGUUAGAAUCAGACUUAGGCACCAUGGUUAUCAACAGUGAAGAUGAGGAAGAAGAAGAUGGAACUAUGAAAAGAAAUGCAACUUCACCACAAGUACAAAGACCGUCUUUCAUGGACUACUUUGAUAAACAAGACUUCAAGAACAAGAGUCAUGAAAAUUGUAAUCAGAACAUGCAUGAGCCCUUCCCUGUGUCCAAAAAUGUUUUUCCUGAUAACUGGAAAGUUCCUCAAGAUGGAGACUAUGACUUUUUAAAGAACCUAAGUUUAGAAGAGCUACAGAUGAGGUUGAAAGCACUGGAUCCCAUGAUGGAGCGAGAAAUAGAAGAACUUCGUCAAAGAUACACUGCUAAAAGACAGCCCAUUCUGGAUGCAAUGGAUGCAAAGAAAAGAAGGCAGCAAAACUUUUGAAUCUCAUUUCUUCUUUAUUUGUGUAGCUCUCUGGAGACCAAGAAACCACUAAGAAUUGAAGGACUGUUAUGUUGUUCUACAACUCAUCAAAGGUCAGAAAUUAAUGGUAUAUGUCCGAGAAAAUCCCCAAAAAGGAGAAUUUACAGCUGUGUCCACUAUGUUUUCAUUUUUAAGUAAUGAAAACAGCACAAAUGUAUUCUUCUUUUAAUCUGUCAGCUGUAUACCAACACAAAUCUGUGUUCUAAGUCAAAGCUGUGUUUUCGAGACCAUGAAACUCCAAAGCUAUUGUUUAAUUGUACAGCACUGAGGGCUUUAUGUUACAAUAUCAGUAGCCUAUUUAUUGUAUCCCCUUAGGUAAACUUAUUUAUUUAUGCUAUUUCACUUUGUUUGUUAAAUGCAAGAUCAAAAUAGUUUUGGUGAAGGUAGGAACAUAUUAAUAGCUGACAAUGUUCAACCAAAUUACACUUUAAGGAGGGAGCUGUGGGGUACAUUCCUUGAUUUUCCAGGGUAGCUUUCCAAUAG